CACUUAUCAACUAUUGCAUCUGAAUUACAUCUUCCUGCAACUUCAAACGCUUCUACCAAAACACAAAUCUUUCUCACGCCAAAACAUUUCAAAUAUGGCUGGACUUCUAGGAGGUGGCGGUGGGAACAACAGCGGAAAGGCUAGCAACGGGGGCCUUCUCGGAGGGUAAUUCAUUCCGUGCCCUGCUGUUAACCUCGAGCUAUACUGAUUCAUUGCUAUUUAGGCUUUUGAAUACUGUUGAUGAUACGACGAAGGGUCUUCCUAUUGUUGGAGGCAUAACAAACCCUCUUCUCAAAACAGUGGGGGGUGUUACUGAUGAGUUACCAAUCGUAAGUUUUCUUUUCCCCAUUCCCAACAACAGUAACUGAUACUAAUCAUGCAUAGCUUGGAGCCAAUGGUCAACAACAACAAGCUCAAUCGGUUCCGAAAAAGAAGAAGGUCCUGACGGAAGCCGAGAAGAAGGCGAAGAAGAAGAGACAAAUCGAGAUCAAGAAACAACAACUGGUUUUGGAAGCCGCGGAAUUGGAAGAUAGCGACUAAAAUACAGAACUUGGGUUUGGGUUAUGGCGUCGCGGCAUUUGGGGUUAUGGGAUACCUGGGCUCAUGUAUGAUUUAUGAUGUAUGGUUCAUCAUGUAUGAUUUUAAUAUUGCGGUGCACUAAAUAAAUAUCUUCAUGUUAUCAAU